AUGGAGUUACCUUGCAAAAGGAUAAAGGUAGAGGUAGAGCCUUCAGAAGUAUUGGCUGAAGAGGCAGAGGAUCUACAACCUCAUCAACGACAUGACGAUAAUGAUAUUGAAGACGAGGAUAUUGUUGAAACGAUAUCAAUCUCGUCUUCACCAUUAUCCCGUCAUUCAUCACCUACACCUCCUCCUCCAUUGUUACUGCGAUCAAACACGUCACCAUUGAGACUCACUUCAAUUAGGACGCCACUCUUUCAAUCACCAUCAUCAUCCAAUUCACUCAAACGAUCAUUCACCUCUCCACUCCAUUGUAAACGUGAGAGGGACACUGAAGAUGAUCCAAUCGACCUCAGUGUGGAUUAUGAUGACGUCGAUGACAAUAGCAAGCGAGUCAAUGCAGUGACAUCAGCAUCAGCAGCGUCAAUGGCAACAGAUCUGCCACUUGAUACAUUUGUAGACGAACGAAUCAUUAAUGCACCAACUACAUCAACUACAUCAACAACGUCGACAUCAACAAUGAACCACCUACGACUAAGAACCGAUAUGUUUAAGAUGUCAGCAAGGCCAAAUACUUUAUCAUUAUUGGCAAACAACAACAACAACAACAACAAUCCUGCGAUCGCUCCUCAAGAUGCCACUACCAAGUCCACACUGGCACAAUCUACAUCAAUGGACACCUCCUCAACAUCCUCUCAAAUCAAUGAGGAGUUAUCAUUCGAUGACCCACUGACAGUGAUCAAGCUACUCAAGUCCACACUGUCAUACAAGUCCAAAGUCAAGGACCCGGACAAGGAUAUCGGCUCUUCACCAACCGAACCAAUAUACAAGUAUGAGUGCUUGAAUGAGAAGCAACGUCUUAUCCACGAUCUUGUAGUCAAACAAAAGAAGAACGUCUUUAUCACUGGUCCAGGUGGUUCUGGCAAGUCCUAUCUCAUUCACACAAUGGUCGAGGAUCUAAUCUCCAGGGGCGUGAACACAUUCAUCACUGCUACCACUGGAAUAGCAGCACUCAACAUUCAAGGCACCACAAUUCACUCAUUCGCUGGCAUUCGAUUCAGCAACGCCCCAUUCGAGGAGCUGCUCAGCUCUGCGUACUCUAGGAAGAAGAAUUGGAAGGAGGCUCAGGUGCUCAUUGUGGACGAGGUGUCAAUGUUGGACGGCAUCUUCUUUGAGCAUCUCGAUCACAUUGCCAGGAAGAUCAGACAGAAGAUGAAUGAGAAGCGUGGCAUCCAACAACCAUUGGAGUUGCCCUGGGGAGGCAUCCAGGUGUGUCUGUGCGGUGACUUUUACCAGCUGCCACCCGUGCCCAGCUACCAAGAUCAGAACAGCAUUGUCGACAAAGAGAUGUCACUUGUUAAGAAGCGCAAGUACUGCUUCGAAUCAGUGAGCUGGUCCCAAACAGUCGAGGUCAUUGUCCAGCUCACAGAGAUCUAUCGUCAAAAGGACACCCACUUCUCAAGCCUCCUGUCCAAGCUUCGAAUCGGUCGACCAGACGAUGAGAUUAUGACAACCCUAAAGAAGAGGCAAGGAAUUGAUAAUGUACAUAAUGGCAUUCAACCAACGAUACUAUACACGACAAACAACAAGGUGGAGGAGAAGAACGAAUAUUACUUGCAACAAAUAGAGGAGGACGCUGUAAAGUAUGAAUCAAUCGAUAGCCUGGCAGAGUGGGAGGGCCUGUCUAAGCCCAAGACAGACAUACUCUCGUCCAUUUAUGAGAACUCCAAGAAGCAAUGUCUGGCAUCAAAGACCAUCGUAUUGAAGAAGGGAGCUCAAGUGAUGCUCGUGAGGAACAUCUCACCACAACUUGUCAAUGGAAGUCGUGGCGUCGUCAUUGGAUUUGUGAACCUGUCACCAGAGAAUCAGCGCUCGCUGCUCAAGUUCUUUGAAACGCCCGAUGCCAAAUCAUUGGAAUCAUGGCAGCGAGACAAGAUGCGAGACGUCAUCACGCAGUCCAGCUCGUAUCUCAUCAGUCAAAACCAUACACUUCUUCCAGUGGUACGAUUCAUGAAUGGAGAGGUCGAACUGAUCAAGCCAGAGAAGUUCUCUGUGUUCUUUGAGUCGGUGGAGCGAGUGUAUCGAACACAGAUGAGUGUACGUCUGGCAUAUGCGAUCACAGUACACAAGUGUCAAGGUGUGUCACUGGACAGCGCCCAAGUAUCAUUGCAACGAAUAUUCGAACAUGGUCAAGGCUAUGUGGCACUCAGUCGUGUUCGAACUUUGGAGGGACUUCAGAUCGUAGGUAAUGUCACCAAGAAAUGCUUCACCUCUGAUCCAAAGGUAGUCCAGUUCUAUCAAUCAAUCGACCAGUCAACAUCAGCAAACAACAGAAACAACAAUGUACCAAAGAAUGAACCAGAAAACACACCGACAAAACAGGCAACAACAACAACAUCAAUAACCUCAUCCGCGACCAACAACAACAACAACAAGGGAGAUAUUGAGAUACCAUUAUUCUUCAUAUGCCCAAUAUCAAAGAAGUUGAUGGAGAACAGUGUUAUCGCACCGGAUGGAUUCUCAUACGAAAGAAAUGCUCUGCUCGAUUGGAUCAAGGAGAACAAUGUCAGCUACAUCACAAAGAAACCAUUCAAUGUCACCAUAUUCAUACCCAAUCGCAACCUUAUGGCACAGAUCGCUGAUUGGAAACAGAAGAACAACUACAAACCAACAUAA